GCGGGGAGGGGCGCGGGUGGGGGGGAGCGGCGGGCAGGCCGGGCAUGGCGUCGAUGGCGGCGGCGAUCGCGGCCUCGCGCUCGGCGGUCAUGAGCGGGAACCGGCCUCUGGACGACCGGGAGCGGAAGCGCUUCACCUACUUCUCGUCGCUGAGCCCCAUGGCCAGGAAGAUCAUGCAGGACAAGGAGAAGAUCCGCGAGAAGUACGGGCCCGAGUGGGCGCGGCUGCCGCCCGCGCAGCAGGACGAGAUCAUCGACCGGUGCCUGGUGGGGCCGGGAGCCCCGGCGCCCCGCGCCCCCGGGGACCCCGGGGACUCCGAGGAGCUGGCGCGCUUCCCCGGCCUGCGCGGGCCCACGGGCCAGAAGGUGGUGCGCUUCGGGGACGAGGACAUAACUUGGCAAGAUGAGCACUCUGCCCCUUUCUCCUGGGAAACGAGGAGUCAGAUGGAGUUCAGCGUGUGUUCCUUGUCUAUCCAAGAGCCGGGCAGCGGCCUGGCUGGCGAGCCGAGGCAGUCUAAAGCCUCCCAGGGCUCGCAGGCCCUCCGGCCCUCUCAGGGCGGCAAGUCCUCCAGCCUGGAUGCCCUGGGUCCCCCCCGGAAGGAAGAGGAAGCUUCCUUCUGGAAGAUCAACGCCGAGCGCUCCCGGGGAGAGGGGCCUGAGGCCGAGUUCCAGUCGCUGACCCCCAGCCAGAUCAAGUCCAUGGAGAAGGGUGAAAAGGUCUUGCCUGCCUGUUACCGGCAGGACCCCGCCCUGAAGGACAGGGAGGCCAAGGCCGAAAGGCCCAGCAACCUCCGCCAGGAGCAGCGCGGCCUCCCCUGCGUCAGCAUCGAGCCCGAGAGACCCCAGCCCGUCCAGGCCCGCCCCAGCACCACCCCGUCCGAGCCCGAGGGGAAGCUCUCCUCUCCCGAGGCCAGGCGGGAGGACGUGGAGGACGUAGAAGACUCUCUGUUCUUGGAACCCAUGCCUACACAGGUCACCUCAAGUAAUGUCGUCUUGAAGACAGGAUUUGAUUUUCUGGACAACUGGUAAAAUGUAUCAGACAACCAAAUAAUAAUAAUAAAACCAAGAACCCCUAAAUGUUUUCCAAAGUGGUGUGGUGGAGGAGGAUAAAAAAAAAAAAGGGCAAUAUUUCCCUGUGUAUUUUCCUGGUUUCUGUACGCUCUUUUCUUAAUCAUUUGGAAACUGGUAAAUAUCGCCUUGUCCGGAUUUCCAGAUUUUUCUCUUUUUUGGUAAGGCCAGAUAUAUAUGCUAUUUUCAGUGAUUUGAUAAACAGAAGUUUUACAUUUGGAAUUUUUAAAUGACCGUUAAGGCAUUGAGUAGGUCUUGUGAAUAAAGCCUCUGUUCCCAAUUCCACCCCGUUUUCCCCCCUCCCCGGAGAAAGAGUUUUCCCAUCAUGUCCCCAAAACCAUAAAAGCGAUUUCCGUCUCUUUCUCCUUUAGCCUCUCCCCUUUUGAAAUGAGCGGCGUGCGCUUUGCUGGGUGGCUGUCGGUGAUGCCCUCGGCUGUGGCGGCCUCAGUGUGCCGGGCUGGCCGUGACCGCGGGAAGAUUCCUCCCCACCCAGCAUUCCCGGAUGCCCAGGGCUUCCUGACGCCACGCCCCUUGCAUCGUGUGCCACACUCUACCCUCACGUCAUUUCCAGGAACCCCGCUGUUGGCACAUAGCAGAGAUGGUCUUCAAGCCGCCCUGAUCCGUACUCAAGCUGUUCGUCGUCGUUUAAGAAGAGUUGCAUGUUUAAAA